CCCCAGUGUAAAUGACUGGGGAAUAGACUGAUGUUCUAAUGUUUCUCAGUUAGCUGCUGCAUGAAGCCGAGAGGUUUUCUGAAUCCGGUCCCUGGAGCAGGUUUUCUCAGAGCACAUCUUGGUGUUGACGGUCUUGGUGUUCACAGUAAUGGAAAGCUGAGGCUCAGUAGCAGAUCUGUGCGGGAUAUUAUGAACAGUGAGGACACAGGAAGUGGGCCACAUCUUCUCAAGCACGCUUACCUUCCAACACCAUUUUCACACUGAGGCUGUGAACUUUCUCAGCUGACAUACAUGACGCUAAUACUGCUGUACACACACAGGAUCCCGCAGGGGGUGAAGUCUCCUGCUGAGGGUCUGUUGGCGUUUUUCCCGUCUGCAGGUUUCCACAAAGCGAUGGUGAAGACGAUGACAGCGGCUCUGAAGAUUCCUCACUUCGGUUACUGUGACGAGGUGGACCUGAGCCGCCUGGUGUCUCUGAGAGCUGAGCUCAAGUCCACCACCGAGGCCCGGGGGGUCCGACUGAGCUACAUGCCCUUCUUCAUCAAGGCCGCCUCCCUCAGCCUGCUCCACUUUCCGGUCCUGAACGCCUCGGUGGACGAAGGCUGCCAGAACAUCACGUACAAGGCGUCUCAUAACAUCGGGCUGGCGAUGGACACCAAUCAGGGUCUGCUGGUUCCCAACGUGAAGAACGUUCAGCUGCUCACCGUGUUCCAGAUCGCUCAGGAGCUGAACCGCCUGCAGACGCUCGGCGCCGCGGGUCAGCUGGGAACCUCGGAGCUGAGCGGAGGAACCUUCACCCUGUCCAACAUUGGAUCAAUCGGAGGGACGUACGCCAAACCGGUCAUCCUGCCUCCGGAGGUCGCCAUCGGAGCCCUGGGGAAAAUCCAGGUUCUUCCUCGGUUCGGCGCCGGCGGUCAGGUGGUCCGGGCUCAUAUCAUGAACGUCAGCUGGUCGGCGGAUCAUCGCGUCAUCGACGGAGCCACCAUGUGUCGCUUCUCCAACCUGUGGAGGGAGUACCUGGAGAACCCGGCCAGCAUGGUGCUGGACCUCAAAUAGACUGGGGGGGGGGGGGGUGGAUGUCUCCCAUCAGCCCCGGGGGGACGGAGAUGCCACACUAACAGACUUCACUCCGCCUCCCGCCGCCUUCGCUUCCUGUUUCUGUUCGAGGCCUUCGUGGUCACUGUCCUUCUCUUGUUGCCUUCGAGCAAGGCGCCGGGAGGGGGAGGAGCCUGUCAAUCAAGUUGUUUCCAUGACAGCCAAUAACACACACACUCACAGGUAGUUAGUUUGGUUUUUAGGUUCCUGGUAGAAACAGGAUCAGACGUUUUUCAGUGUUUCAGUCCUCAGACCUCCACCGACAGGAGCCGUCUGGACCUGGAUGCGGAGCUGGUCUGAGACCUGUAACAUGGACUGAAACUCUGGAAGCGGUAGUUUGGUCCUUUUAACCUUCACUGUUUCUGUGGUUAUUAAACUGUUCAUGGUCUGUCGGGCUGCAGGUCAUGUGACCGGCCCGUAGCUCAGCGGGUCAUGUGACCGGCCCGUAGUCCUCCUUGGGUCCUCCUGCUGUCUCUGCCUGGUCUCAUAUUAACAGACAUGGACUAGCCGUCCCCCUCUGGAUCUGGCCUCUGCUGGCCUGUUUGGGGUGAGUUAUUAGUGAAGUCUGGUUCCUGCUGGUGUGAAAGGGGUCUCUCUGUAGACCUGCUCCCCUGGUGGUUUAUAACCUCCCGUCUGUAGAAACUGACCUGUGAUCAAAUCCAGUCUCUUCCUCCCCGAAGCAGCCGGGCGCCCUCUGCUCCUCCCAGUGGCUGCUGGGUAAAGACCAGGUGGUGUCUGUGUUCUGUUCUGGUCCAUCUCUCGUGAACUUUUCCAGUUUGUGUUUUUGUUUCAGCGACUAAAUGUAAAAGUAUAAAAACAGACACUUGGGUUUUGUAGUUUUGGGAAUGUGGAAUCAGUUUUUGUAGAUGAAGCGUUUCCCAGACCCGUUCUGGUUCCCCAGGUCAGACUGACGGGGUUUCUGGUUCCCCAGGUCAGACUGACGGGGGGUCCGGGUCUGGGAAAUGCUCCUGACCCGUUUGAAUCCUGUGAAUCACUCUGAAUAAAGUUGAAGUGCACAAA